AUGAAGCCACAGCAUAAUUUCUCAACCUCUGAUCGAAUACGUGUUUGCAUUCGAAAGCGACCGAGAAACGACAAAGAAGUCAAAUCAAAUGACCCGGACAUUGUCUGCAUCACAAAUAGUUGCACAGUAACUGUGAAGGAGCAGAAAAUGUCACUGGAUCUAAGCAGGUAUAUACAUCAGCAUGUGAUGCAUUUUGACGAAGUCUUCGAUGACUCUAGUUCAAAUGCAGAUGUAUAUGGCAGAACAGUUAAACCACUUGUAGAGUUUAUUCUGAAUAAAGGUGUAGCUGUCUGUUUUUCAUUUGGUCAGACUGGUGCCGGCAAGACUUACACAAUGAUUGGAGACAAGUUUACUAUGGCUUCAGCAACGGCAGCUGCAACAACAUCGUCAGCAACAGCAGCAGCUGCAGCUGCAACAGCAGACAACAAAAACGUUAAUGAUGAAAACUUAGGUUUGUGGGUGAGCUUUUACGAGAUUUACUGUGGACAGCUGUUUGAUCUACUUAAUGAUAGAAAAAAGUUGAUAGUGAUGGAGAAACACAACAAGCAAGUCUGUAUAACGGGCCUGAUGGAGACCUACGUUAAGGAUUUAAAUGCAUUGAUUCAAGCCAUAAACUACGGUCGAUCAAAUAGAAGCAGAGGUUGCUCAGGAGUUAAUCCGGUAUCCUCCAGAUCCCAUGCCGUCUUGCAGUUUGACGUCAGGUGCAAGGAUUCUAAUAGAAGGAUUGGAAGAUUGACUUUCAUCGACCUCGCCGGCAGCGAGAGAGCAUCGGACGCCAUGAUGUGCAGCAAGCAGACAAGACAGGAAGGUGCUGAAAUUAAUCAAAGUCUUCUUGCUUUGAAGGAGUGUAUAAGAUGUCUGGACCAGGAACAGCCGUACAAGCCAUACAGACAGAGCAAACUGACUCACAUCUUGAGAGAAUCCUUCACUGAUAAUUGUAGAACCGUCAUGAUAGCUAACAUAUCGCCGACGCAAAGUGCUUGUGAGAAUACUAUGAACACGCUGAGAUACGCCGAUAGGUGUGUGUUCGUGUGUGUAUGCGUUUCUGUGCUCUGUGUUGUACCUGUGUGUUUUUAUCUUUUUUAUCUUUGUAUAAUGUUUAUUUGCUAUAAAAUUUCUUCAUGA